AUGGACCUAAAAAACCGCUAUUCAAUUGGCCAAGGAAGGCUUGAUCAAGUUGAACUAUUAUCAGAUGAUGAAGAUUCAGAUUAUUACUCUCAAGAAGAUCAUGAUGAAAUGAAUAAAAUCGAAGGAAGAAUUAAAGAUAUGAUUUCCAAAUAUGAGAGUUGUGGAUUUCUAAACACACGUCAAAUGACCGAUUCUUACGCGAAAUUAUUUCAAAAAAAUCUUAAUUGGGAUGAAUAUGCAAAAUCAUCUUAUUUAAGUCUUGGUGAAUUUAUUCAAGAAACUUGGAAUGAAACUUUUAAAGUUAAUGUCUGUUCGAAGGAUAAUGUAACAUGGAUUGGAUUAAAAGUAUCAAAUAUUCCAAGAGAUGUUUAUGAUCCAUUUUUGAAAAUGAAUGUUCCUCCUGUAUCACCAUAUCCAACUAAAUAUGAUGAAGUUUAUUUUGAUAUUCAAGUAUGGAACUCUAAAUAUGACCCUGAGGAAGAACGUGCUAAUCAAAUGAAAUGUCAUCAAGCAGAAAAAGUUUUAUGGAAAAUUAGGCAUUUGAUAAAGAAUGGAACAGUGAUUCGGACAUGUUGCAUUGAGUUGUUAUACUUCUCAAUGUACAGAGAAACCAUUCCUCAAAUUGUGGGAUAUAGUACAUUAACAGAGUUAUUUAAUGAAUCGAUUAUUUUGAAAAGAAAAGAUGGACGUGAAUAUUUUGGCGAUGUGUUGUAUUAA